AUGGAGAUAAAAAAUAUUGAUACAGAUAAAAUUAUGUCAUUUGUCAAUUAUAUUUGCUUUACGGUUCUUUGUAAUAUUAACAAUCCACUGUUAAGAAUCAUGGAGGUCUCUCACUCUUUGACAUUAAAUGAAAGUGCUUUGCAGCAAUUACCAGAUGACAAGAAACCACACUUUAUAUUUGAGUGGCUUCGUUUUUUGGAUAAAGUUUUAGUUGCCGCUCAUAAGUCCGAUAUAAAAAACUGUCAACAGAAGUUAGUUGCACAGUUGCUGAACCUGUUUCGUGAAAAUCUAGGACCACCAGCUAGGAGGGUCCUAUCACGAUGCCUUGCGACAUUGUUCUCAGUUGGGGACACAUUCCUCCUGUUUGAUACUGUUAAUAAAUGUAAUGAUAUAAUUAAAGUUAAGGAUGAUUCACCAUCAUACCUACCAACGCGACUAGCAGCGAUUUGCUGUCUAGGUAGCAUGUAUGAAAAACUUGGCAGGAUGAUGGGACGAUCAUAUGAAGAAACGGUAUCUACUUUAGUUAAAUCACUUAAAAGUGCUGAAUCUCAAACAAGACUUGAAAUAAUGAUUACUCUUGAAAAGAUAUGUGUGGGUAUGGGAACAGCAGCGGGUAACGUACUGCGUGAAGUGUCAAGGGCUGCGCGUACGUCGAUGCUUAAUGAGAGAUCUACGCCCGUGCGUGCGGCGGCCGCAAAUGCCUUAAGAAGUAUGCUACCACUGCAGAAGUUGACACCUGCUGAUGUCGAUGCGAUUGCUGCUGCCUGCUUACGGGCUGCACAUCCCAGUGAUUACCAGCUUAGAUGUGCAGUAGCAGAACUAUUGGGAGCGCUAAUAGCGACAACUCAAGCCGGGGAAGCGACAAACCUAAAUACAAAGAAUAAAGUGGGAAUGCAAUUAGUACAAAAUAAAAAGGAUACACCAAAGAACGUCAUAUCAUUGGACGAAGCGUUGAAUCUGUUGAUGGGCGCUUUUCUACGCGGAGGUACUUCCUUCCUGAAGGGAGAGAUUAUUAAGUCCGGCUCGGGAGUUAAUAGGGAAGUCAGAGUUUGUGUGACUCAUGCAUAUGUGAUAUUUGUACAAAACAUGGGCGGCGUGUGGCUAGAGCGGAACAUGAGCACGUUUCUGUCUCAUGUCUUAGAUUUAGUGGCUAAUCCCAAAGCUGCCAGUUCUCACGUCGAUGCUGUUUAUUCAAGAAAAUGUAUUAACUACAUCCUUCGAAAUACUCUCGGCAAAAUGCUUGGUGAAAAAGCGCAGGCGUCUGCCUGUCGAGAAAUAAUACAAAUUGUGGCUAAACAGAUGAACAGCAUUGAUUUUAACCCAGAGAAUGCUAAGGACUGCAAUCAGGAAACAUUAUUCAGUCAGCAUCUUUUAGUAUGUGCUCUAACAGAAGCCGGUGAACUUGCUCUACAAUUGGGCACUUCAGUGCAUAACCUGGUGUCGGACACUUCUUUGAAGAUGAUUGACACGAUAUUUACCGUGUUGGAACAUCCUUGCGUAGCGGCCCGUUUAGCAGCGGCUGCAGCCGUGCGUUGUGUCUGUGAAGCUCUACCUGCCCUUAUAACGCCAUUACUUGACCGAGCCUGUGAUGCACUUGAUGUUGCCAGGCCCACACCUCACCAUAUUUCUGGGUAUUCAGCGGCACUAGCAGCAAUACUCGGUGCUGUUCGGUCCUCGCCUCUUGGCGUGCCUCACGGUCGAGGCAAAAUUGCGUUCAACGCAGCUGAACAACUACUGCGUUCAGCAGCUCAGAGCAGCCGUCUCACAGCCGCUAGAACUAAUGCAGGGUGGCUUAUUGUUGGCGCUAUAUGUACUUUGGGUGUUCCCGUGGUGCGUGGUCUGUUACCACGAAUGUUGUUGUUAUGGAGAAACAGUUUCCCAAGAUCUGCCAAGGAACUGGAAUCGGAGAAGGCUAGAGGAGAUGCUUUUACUUGGCAGGUGACACUUGAAGGUCGUGCAGGUGCCUUGUCAGCGUUGCACAGCUUAUUAAUUCACUGCCCUUCAUUGGUGCAUAAUGAUGACACAGCGAAACGACUAAGUCAACCCAUAGAUGGCGCUAUCGCUGUGCUUACUAACGUGAGUGGCGUUGUUCGCAACUAUGGUGGAUCCCUUAAAGCGCCGGCAGCUUUACUUCGGCUACGCUUGUACCAAGCGUGCGGUGCCUUAUCAUCGGGUGCCCCUGCGCCGCCCUUACUUAGACUUUUAGCAGCUGAGUUAGCUGGAUCCGCUGAACCCAGCGGCGCUAAUGUUGCUACAGGUAUGCUUAGACACGCGAUGCAUCCACGAGACACGAUAUUGUUGGACGAAGAGAAUUGGAUUUAUGAUACGGAUCAUGCUGAUAUCGAAGAACAGUUAAUAUCAGGUCUGAGUGCAAGCGGUUCUGGUGCGUUGGAACAUGACCCGUGUUGCCUCUACCGCAAUCUCUCUGGCGCGCAGCCGCUGGGCGUGGCCGUUAUAGAUGCUUCCGUUACUUUAUUCCCGCAGAUAUUCUCCAAAGCUGCUAAUAAACACAGGCAACAAAUGCUAGAACACUUCUCGGAGUGCAUCAAAAUGUCCAAGGGUCCACGUCAAGAGGCGAUACAGAUUAACGUAUACACCGCCUUAUUACUCGCUCUGCGGACUCUGGCAGACAUGAAGACCUCUCUUGGACAAGAUGCUGUUAAAACGACCUGCACCGAGCUUAUCUUUGCUGGUCUAUCAGCUAACAGCGCUGCAGUCCGCGCAGCUGCUGCUUCUUGUGUGGGUCGCCUGUGUAGUUGCAUAUCCGAAACAGAGAGUCAAGCGCUCAGCGAACGAGUGAUCACUCUUGCUAGAACCAGCGCUAAUCGACCUGUUAGAGCAGCAGCUGCGGCUGCUGUUGGUGCUGUUCAAAGAGCUAGAGGUGCUGCAUCAAGUGCUGCAGCUCUCCCGGUUUUGAGGGCGUUAGCUCAAGAUACUAGCGCGGUUGAAGUUCAAGUUUGGGCCAUACACGGCUUGUCUGUUGUGGUGGAUGCUUCGGGACCAAUGUUUCGCAGUCACGUCGAGUGGACGCUGUGUACUGCGCUCCGUUUGGUGUUCAAUUCGCCGCCAGCUUGCGAUAUACUUAGAUGCUCCCUUGGAAGGCUACUCGCCGCUUUAAUUACUGUUCUAGGACCGGAACUUCAAGCUUGCGGCGGUGCGGCAGUAGGUCGGUUUAUAUGCGCUUGCGCAGCGUUACAAGAGUGCGGCGGGGGCUCUGGAGGUCCACGUGCUGAGGCAACCGGGUGUCUACAACAAUUGCAGAUGUUCGCCCCUCGGCACAUCAAUACUCAUACGCUUGUACCAGCUUUAUGUCGUGACUUAUCAUCGCCGGAACUGUCAGUUCGACGCGCGGCUUUGUGCUGCUUACGCCAACUGUCACAGAAGGAAGCAGCUGAAGUGUGUAAAUAUGCCCUCUUGGCGAAGGAUCACGUGCCUGCGAAACCUUAUUGUGGUGUAGUGAUUACGGAAACUGGUCUUCCGGGCGCACUCUUCGCUUUCUUAGAUAUAGAGCGAGACGAGACAGCAUUAUCGUACGCUCGCGAUACGCUUACUUGCUGCUUGCUGGCCGCUGCAGCUAACGGCACUAUACGAGAUUGGCUUGCUCUAGCUAAAAGAGUCCUGACAGUCAAAUUAGAGGACAGCAACAACCCAGACACAGACUUGGACCAAGAAGGAGAUGACGACCAGGCUGAGUUCCACGCAGAAUCGGAACAGUCCACGCAUCCCGCUGUACAACCGAGGUGGCCGACACGAGUUUUCGCAAUGGAAUGUAUUCAGAAGAUAAUGUCAGCGUGUGAAGCGACCGGAGAUAUCGCACAUUUUGAUCUUGUCAAAGCCAAGAGGAAACUGAAUGACAAUAAUGGCGACUAUUUGUCUCUCCAUCUAUCAGACUUAGUUCGAAUGGCUUUCGUGGGUGCGACGGGUGAAUCGGACGCAUUGAGGUUAUGCGGUCUGAAGACUUUGCAAAUGAUUAUCCAGCAGUAUGCGCGUGCGCCGGAACCAGACUUUCCCGGGCAUUUACUCAUGGAGCAAUAUCAGGCACAGGUUGGUGCUGCAGUGCGUCCCGCGUUCGCUGGUGACACUGCAUCUCAUGUAACAGCGGCUGCUUGUGAUGUUUGUUCUGCGUGGAUUGGCUGUGGCGUAGCUAGGGAUAUUAAUGAUCUACGAAGGGUUCACCAACUUCUUGUAUCCAGCUUGGACAAAUUGAAUAAAAAAGGAAACACUACAUUGAUAUACAAUGAAAGCAUGGCGACACUGGAGAAAUUGUCUAUUUUGAAGGCUUGGGCUGAAGUGUACAUAGUAGCGAUGGUGAGCAACGACAGCGCUCCCGGUAGCUACGUAAAGCAGCUUGACACGAAACCGAUGAACAAUCAAUCGGAAUUAGCCAAGUGGAAGAACCAAGUACUACAGAACAACAAUGAGAUUGAUAACGCUAAUAUUGAGGACGAAGAGGAUGAUUAUGGGGAAUUUGAGAGCAAAGGAGAGAGCUUAUUGAAACUCGUCGAACCAGAGUUGGAAAGCCUUAGUGAGAACUGGUUGGCCGCGUUGAGGGAUCAUGCUUUGUUGAGUUUACCGCCUGAGUUUGCAUCGCAAUUACCGCACGGUGGUGGAGCUUUCUACUCAGCGGAGACGGCAGAUGGCUCUCGCGCACAUUACGCGACUGCUUGGCCGUCGUUGCUGUACGCGGCAGCACUUAGAUACAACGCUAGUUUUAAAAACAUACCAUCGCGUAGUGAAAUGACGGAUAAUUUGGACAACAAAAUAACGAAGACGGAGAACGGUAACUUUGAGUUUUUUGAACCUGUAGACGAGAGAUUUCAUCUUCUUUUUGGUAUUUGCAUGGAAGCUUUGUGCGCACAGCGUGAUAUGAGUGUGGACAACACAAUAUCGGUUCUGUUGUCGUUAGUUACUUUGCUGGACGCGCCAGAAAACAGAGCGAGGCUUCUCAAGGAGAGAGCUUUGGCUAUUGAAUUGUGUCAAAUUAUUCACCGAAGCGGUCUAACGCAAGAGAGUGUAGAAGCUUUGCUGUUAGCAGCUGAUGUUUUGCAACUGGUGAUUGUUGGAGCAAGGGAACAGUUGCACGAGCAGAUGCAACAGAAAAUCAAAGAAUUGGCACCAAACGAAGCUAACGACGGACAAAUCCCACAAUCAGUACUAGAAGUGGUCCAUACUUUAGGCGAAGGCGGUCCUACAGGGGAUUUACCGCCGGGGAAGUCCCUGGUCUUCGCUUGCCUGGAAGUCUGUCUCUGCUUCCUCGUCAGACGCUUACCGACCUUAAGCCCUUUGAAACAGGAAGGUCGGGUGGGUGUUAUUGGCGUGAGGAAGGGUUUGGGUGUACACGGCGAUACGUUGUUGGUGAAGAGUCUCAUGUCGAUGUCGGAGUUGACUACGCUUACUAGUCCCCAAGGAGCCCUAUCCCUCCUCCCAAGUAUCUUAUACCUAGCAACGGAAGUGCUGCGCUGCAGCAAAGGGGAUAAUAUAGUGAGUUCAGCCGGAGUGCUGCUGCUUCAACGUUCUGCUGAAUGUCGGGUUGCGCGUGUCACGGAAGAAACGCGAGCUGCGCACACGCAGCUAUUACAGACGACUUUAGCUAAACUUGUUGAGAGAGUAAAAACCGAGGAAAGCGAGCAGCGUAUAGAAAGCGUGGCUGGUGCCAGGGCGAUGGCGGUUUUGCUGGCAAGAGUUCCACCGGUCCCUUUGCUGCAUUACCCCUGCAUCAACCAUUUGAGACACUGCCUCGAUACUAGGGAUAAUGAGGUAUUCGCAUCGUGUUGCGUAGUGCUCCGCGAAAUAUGGUCGCGAACUGCUCCCCCCCAAACUGUAUCGUGGUGGGCGCGCGCUCUUGCUGCUAGACUCGUAGCCAGGGCUGCUACCGCCUCGCAGGCAACGGAUGCUGCUCAUGUCAGGGCUGCUACAUCAGCGUUAUCCGCUUUGACUGAGCUUGUACUAGCUGCACCGAGUGCUGGACGUGUGCAGCUCCUUUGGCUGCUAGUACCAAUAGUAAUAUCGUAUCUGCGCGAAGGAUCAGUUCCGGCGCAUGUCAGAUCUCUUCACGAGUUCGCUCUUCAAUGGCUCAUGAAGAUAGGCCCGCAACAUCCACAGGAGUUUAAGGCUAUAAUGCAGCAGUCUUCGGAACUACGCACGAAACUAGAGAAUGCGGUUAAGGCCAACCAGAACUCUCGCAACACAGGCCCUGUUACGCGACCCGUGUUCGAAUCCCGACCAAACAAACCCGCGAUACAACUCAAGACGGACUUCAGCGAUUUCAGAUAG